CACUGCAGGUUCAUAUGUGCAGACCAACCUUAUAUGGACGCAUCGGACAAGGUAAUGGCUUAUUUGCCUCCUGCACCCAGCACCGGCACUGUAUCCAUGAGCCGCGCAUAGCACUUGAGCCACUUUGGCAUCCCUCCCUGGACCCCUCGGAGACCGAACCAGAGCUACUUCGGCUGCAGGCGAUGCUCGCCCACAGCGGCUCCUCUCCAUAGCCUCGACUCUCCUUGCCCCUUCCCAAUAUCAGCUUCUCCUUCUCUCCCUGUGUGUGUCGCCUCAAACAGCGACAGAAAGGUGCUGGUGCUGCAACUUUUUUUUUUUGUCGCCCCCCACCAGAAUAUGUCGUUGACCAACACAAAGACGGGCUUCUCUGUUAAGGACAUUUUGGACCUUCCGGACACGAAUGACGAAGAGGGAUCUAUCACCGGAGCGGAGGACGACACGGAGGGCUCAGAGAGCACGUCCACGACGAAAAGCACGGGAGUUUUGGUGAAAGGUCCCCUGGAAAAUGUGCAGAACCUGCCUUUAAAGAACCCAUUUUACGACACUAGUGACAAUCCGUACACGCGAUGGCUCGCCACCACGGACAGUAUUCAAUAUUCAUUGCACGGCCUCUCCGCCGGCUCCCAGGACUCCGCCAAGUCCCCGGAGCCGUCCGCAGACGACGAGUCGCCGGACAACGAGAAGGAGACGUCCAGCAGCGGGGGGAGCGACUCGGGCAAGAAGCGCAAAAGGCGGGUGCUGUUCUCCAAGGCGCAGACCUACGAGCUGGAGCGCCGUUUCCGACAGCAGAGGUACCUGUCCGCCCCGGAGAGGGAGCACCUGGCCAGCCUGAUCCGCCUCACUCCCACCCAAGUGAAGAUCUGGUUCCAAAACCACCGGUACAAGAUGAAGCGAGCCCGGGCUGAGAAAGGUAUGGAAGUGAGCCACCUCCCUUCCCCCAGGCGAGUGGCCGUGCCCGUCUUAGUCAGGGACGGGAAGCCUUGUCACACCCUUAAAGCUCAGGACUUGGCGGCCACUUUUCAGGCCGGGAUCCCCUUCACGGCGUACGGCGCGCAGUCGCUCCAACACAUGCAGUACAACGCGCAAUACGGCGCAGCGGCCACGCCGCACUUUCCCACGGCGCACCACUUGGUGCAAACGCAACAGUGGACUUGGUAAGGGGACGCGAUAGACAGAGACUCGAUUUUGGGAAGGCAGUUUCACUCCUCACGCAAAGAGAGGGGGAAACAUCACGCAAAGCCACUCACGAAAGACUUCAUUUUUUCGCAGUCCACACAAUAUACGGUACCAUUUUUAUUCGGGGCUUACGUGUGCACCGUGUUUACAUGUUUUCGUUAAGAGAACUGGCUCCAAA